UGACUAAGCAAGCAGGUGUGCCCCAAAGAAGAGCAGAUUUCGAACGAGCUUUUAAAACAACACGUUUGCUAUUGUUUCCAGUGGCUUUUAGACCAUGUCUGACAAGAGGGAGGUCAGGUGCCCCAUGUGCAAUUGCGCAUACUUGAACGUUGCCCGGCACCUGAAGGCGGCUCACAGAUGUGCCAAUUUAAAAGAGAGGUCCAUCUUGGUGAAGUGGGCAACGGGACAUGUCAAUAUUCGUUCCUGCCCGUGUCCUGUGUUGGGCUGUAAGUACAGCCCUGGUCACCACCUGGAUAGACACAUUAAAAACACACACAGUGAGCUGUCUCACACCCACAAAGAGGAGAUGCUGGCCCGUGCCAGGACGGUCCAGGCAAGGCUCCUGCUGGGGGAGCUGCGCGCGUCAAUGAGCACUCCAGCCAUGGUCUCAGACUUUGACAAGAGGGAGCUGGAAGACCUGUACGCGCCGGCUGGCCAGGUGGCGGAGCAGCAGCAGCAGCCUAGUUCCACUCGAGACCCGGUGUGCUGCAGUGCUCCCUGCGCAGAACAUUUGAAAAGCUACAAAUCUGAGCUGGACACCAUGGCAAAGAUCAGGGUGGACCUGGAGUCUAGGUUGGAGCAGCAGCAGCAGACGAUAACCACUUUAAAAAGAUUGGUGGCCAGUCUUAGGAGGCAGCACGCUCCCACUGCUCAAAAGGUUAAGAGAAACAGGACUGAGGCGGCAUCCACCAGCGGCCAAUUGGAGCCGCAUUUCGGUGCAGAAUCACAGGUGAGAAGGUCAUCUGUCAGGCACUGGUUUCUGGAGAGGUGGACCAUUCUGUGA